AGCAAUAACGUUUCAAGUUUCAACUCAGUUUCAAGUUUCAACUCUACAAUGACUACGACUUACAAGUCUUAGCCGACAACUUUACUGUGCUUAGUGUUUAAUGUUUAUUGCUUAUUGAUUGUUACAUAAUAAUUAAUAGUAUAGUAACUAUAAUAUAUGUGCCGAACAUAUUAUACGAAAUGUUAAAUUACUACUAUUGAUAAUAUAAUAUUAUUUAAUUUAAUAAUUUGUCUAAUUGGUAUCGCGUUUUCUUUAGAUCAUUAGAUCUUAAACUACGAAUGUACCCCAUCCCGAUAAUUUGAAACAUUUAUUGAUUUAUUAGCGACGAGCCUAAACGAGAAAUAUAUUGUAUAUAUGCGCAAUCUCAACUGUCACAUAUUUAUUCAAUUAUAAGCGUAAAUGUGCGUCGAUUUAACUCGCACAUGCGUAGAUAGCGCGUCUCAUCCAAACGAUCGUUGCUUAUAAACAUUUAUUUAUACAUAUUACAUGCAUUAUGCUUCAAAUUGUUAACACGGGCGAGGUGGGUAAUAUUAAACGUUAAAUUGUUUUUAUCAUAGACCUAUUAAGAUCUUUAUAAUUCUUAUAUCUAUGGUUUACACGUACAAGAUGAUUCCAUUUACCACUGUCUACACGUUUUUCUAUCUAUUAAAUUUAUAACCAAAUACAAAUUGGAUAUUGUAUUAACUUGAAGAAUAAGCACGGAAAACUAGAAAUGGAACGUGAUCCCAAUAAAAGAAAAGUCAAACCUCCUGCUAACCCAGAAUUGGUACAUUUAGAUGAUAUAGAUGGUGAAAGUUCAUCUGAUAGUGAUUUUCGUAUUGAAGAUCAUUAUAUAAAUAGUGAAUCGGAUUCUGAUAGAGCUUCAUAUUUCACAUUUACUGAUGAUGAUGGCAAUCAAGAAGAAACUGAAAAAGAUGAUGAAGAUGAUGUUACAUGUAAUGAUAAUAAUAUAACUGAUGUCACAAGUAUUGUUACACCCAAUCAAGAUAAUUCUAUAAAAGUAAAUUUAAAAGAAAUAGUAGAUAAUAUUCAUAUUUGUAGUAUUUGCUUAGGCGAUGCUAGUGAUGAUGUUAAUGAAUUAAUAGAUUGUGAUGAAUGUGGUAUAUCAGUUCAUGAAGGUUGUUAUGGUGUUCAUGACACAGGAAGUGUAAGUUCAUCUGUUUCGUCAUGUUCCAUGGAACCAUGGUUUUGUGAAGCUUGUAAAGCAGGCAUAGAAAAUCCUAUUUGUGAAUUAUGUCCUAAUUUUGGUGGAAUAUUUAAAGAGACAGAUUGUGGAAAAUGGGUACAUUUAGUAUGUGCUUUAUAUGUACCUGGUAUAACUUUUGGUGAAGUUACAAGUCUCAGUAAAGUUAUGUUAUUUGCUAAUACUACACCUCGAUGGGGUAAUAAACGAUGCAGUUUGUGUAAAGAUAUGAGAUUUAGUUGCACUGGAGUGACUAUUGCGUGUGAUGCUGGAAUGUGCAGAUCUAAUUUUCAUGUUACUUGUGCUCAACAAGAAGGUAGUUUGUCAGAAGCAACAAGUCCAGAAACUGACCAAACAGAUCCAUUUUAUGCUCAUUGCAAGUUGCAUGUUGACAAACUUGUAGCAAAGAAAAGAAAAAGAAAUUGGGAAAUACUUCAAUUAAGAACAAAACAAAUGAAAUUAUUGCGUGAACAACAGUCUUCUGAAAAAUCAGCUACAUGGCAACGUAAUCAGCGAAGGCUUGAAAAAUUACGAUCUAAGUAUUAUGAAAUGAAAAAAAUCAGUAUAACAGAGUCAACAUCAAAAUCAAAAGUUCCUCGUCCCAUUACAACAUCAGCUUCAGCAUGUCGAGCCCUUUGGUUAAAAGCUGGCUUAAUGGGUGUAAAUAUGGCUUCCUGUGAGGCUAUUGAAGGACAAAUAAAAGCAUUGCGUGAUGUCCCAAAAAAAUGGAAUGUACCUACUACAUUUAGUUUGGAAUUUGUAAGUUAUUUCAUGGAUAGAAAUUUAAGAUUGACAGAUUUGAAAAAACAGCUAAAACAUUUUACUGAUCAAAACAACAAACUUCAUGAUGAACAAAUAAUUGUACAAAAAAAAUAUGAUCAAGAGUCCAAAAGUAAUGAGAUUCAAAAACAAAACCAUUUAAAACUUAAAAAUAUUAUUACAGCAUACCAUACUGUCAUUAAUCUAUGUAAUCCUAAUGCUAAUAUUUCAGAUGUAGAUAUACUUACUAGAGAAUUUCAAAAUGAUCAUAAUUCUUUUAUAACAAAUAGUUCAACUCCUUCUACUACUGCUGUUUUAAAAGCAAGUCUUGGAAUAUCAAUCAGAAAUAAUGAUAAUUUAGAAAUUAUAGAUAAUGUAGCACCAUUAGGUUUGUACAAUAAGUGUGGUAUUUGUAGUCGUACAAAUGAUCAACAUUUGUUGGCAAAAUGUGAUACAUGUUAUUUAUACUAUCAUUUGGGUUGUUUAAACCCACCACUAACUAGAAUGCCUAAAAAAACAAAAUUAUUUGGAUGGCAAUGCAGUGAGUGCGACAAUACUAAUUCAAACUCUGAGCCAGAAACAGUUGAUCCAAAUGCUCCUAGAAAAUUAAGAUAUGGUGGAAGAGAGCGAUCUAUAUCAGACAGUCAUAGAUCUUCAUCUAUCGUUAAUGAUUUACAGGAUUUUAAUAGUCUUACAGAACAGAAUAAAAUGCCUAGUGUAUCAAAGAAGAAAAAACAUGAACGGCAUAGAGAAAGGUAUUCUCCAGAAAUAAUUACAAAACGAGUAAAGUCCCGCAAACGUAAACAUAAGCACCACAGGGAUAACAAUACUUCAGAAUUAGAAUCAACUAAUGAUUAUUUAGUUAAUGAACCACCCCGACAAGGAAUUAAGCUAUUUAUUAAAUCUGUACCAAGUGCUAGUGGAGUUAAAACAACAUCUUCACAAUUACUUAUUGCAUCACCAGUAGAUGAAAUACCUCAAACUUCUUCAAAAACCAAACCAGAAAAGAGUGUUGCACCACUCAGAAUAACCACAACAUUGACAGAUAUUAAAUUGACUCCUAAGUGUAAUACUUGUCAAACAACUGGAACAAGCAUGACAAUGGUUCAGUGUGAUGAAUGCAGUAAAAAUUUUCAUUUUUGUUGUCUUGAUCCCCCAGUGAAAAAAUCACCAAAAGUACGAGGGUACUCAUGGCACUGUGCUGAAUGUGAUCCAACGGUACAUCAAUAAUUUCUUUAAGUCUGCCAUUAGUCAUUAUAUAAAAAUACUAUUUGAAAAAAAAAAUAAUAAUAAAUUUAUGUUUGUCUGAUAUUCAAUGUAUACUCUGUUAUAAAUAAGAAUAAACCAGUUAGUUUAUGAAAAUGGUUUUCGUUUUGAUUUCUCCUAAGAUAAAUUUUCUAUAAAAACUGUUAAUGACUUAAGAAGCUGCAGCUAAUAGUUACCAGUUAUUAUCUAUUGCUCUUAAGUAUGACUAACUAAGGUCGAUGUCCUUUCUCUAAUUAUUUGUGAAGUGGUUUAUUCUUAUUUAAAACAAGUAUAAGUCUAGGGCUUGGAACCUCUUGCACAUUUCUUAGGAUUUCUUAGGAUAUUAUUCAAAAUUUAAUUUGACAUUAACUUAUUUUAUAAUAAAUGAAAAAAUUAAUAUUCA